GUUGGUCAAGCUGGUAGUCAAUGAUCUAUUUGAUAUUUCAGAAAUAACAAAGGGAAACUGUGGAUAUAUCUGUAUAAAUCAUUCUAAUAAAUUAAACUUAGAAAAAGAAUAUUCAAAUUUUAUUGUUUAUUUCUUUCAUUAUUUUGUCCUAUUUUCAGAAAAUGGAUAAAGAGGUUAAAGUUGAGAAACAGGAAAGUGCUUUUGAUGACAGUUGGAUUGGAGCUGCACGUAGUGAUACGGCUACUCAGCAGAUCAAGAUCGAGAAGCAGGAGGAUGAAUUUGGAGAAUGUGAAUUAGCAACUAGCAGCAUCAAAGAUGAGUCAUCCUCGCACAAUGGUUCAACUUCCAAUCAGAUGGCGAGAGUUAAGCAGGAGAAUGAUAGCAGCCAAGAACCAGCGCAAGAGUGCAGCACUGCAUGCUCUCCAACUGAUGAUGAUUUCAGCCAACAACAUUAUCUAAUCCCUGGCUAUAAUCUAAUAUUCAUCAAAGAGGAAGAAUAUGUUGAGCAAGAGGCAGAAGGAUGUUCAGUGGAGAGUGAACCGGAGAUGUGGCCUUCAAACUGCAGCACAUCUGAAACUGCCAAUGCAACAGAAGUGGGUGGACUGAAUGCACAUUCAAUCUCUCCCAUGGAAGAGUGCACUGAGCCAUCUGUGGCUGGCAAAAAGAUCAAGCUCUACAGCUGUGCUGACUGCAGCUAUAAAACUCCAUCGAUCACUCAUUGGAAGAGACACAUGACGAAACACACUGGGGAAAAGCCUUUCAGUUGUGAGUUAUGUGACUAUAAAUGUGCUCGAUCAAGUAAUUUGAAGAUACAUAUCAGAACACAUACAGGAGAAACACCUUUCAGCUGCAAGUAUUGUGACUAUAAAUGUGCUCGAUCAAGUAAUUUGAAGAUACAUAUCAGAACACAUACAGGAGAAACACCUUUCAGCUGCAAGUAUUGUGACUAUAAAUGUGCUCGAUCAAGUAAUUUGAAGAUACAUAUCAGAACACAUACAGGAGAAACACCUUUCAGCUGCAAGUAUUGUGACUAUAAAUGUGCUCGAUCAAGUAAUUUGAAGAUACAUAUCAGAACACAUACAGGAGAAACACCUUUCAGCUGCAAGUAUUGUGACUAUAAAUGUGCUCGAUCAAGUAAUUUGAAGAUACAUAUCAGAACACAUACAGGAGAAACACCUUUCAGCUGCAAGUAUUGUGACUAUAAAUGUGCUCGAUCAAGUAAUUUGAAGAUACAUAUCAGAACACAUACAGGAGAAACACCUUUCAGCUGCGAGUAUUGUGACUAUAAAUGUGCUCGAUCAAGUAAUUUGAAGAUACAUAUCAGAACACAUACAGGAGAAAGACCUUUCAGCUGCGAGUAUUGUGACUAUAAAUGUGCUCGAUCAAGUAAUUUGAAGAUACAUAUCAGAACACAUACAGGAGAAAGACCUUUCAGCUGCGAGUAUUGUGACUAUAAAUGUGCUCGAUCAAGUAAUUUGAAGAUACAUAUCAGAACACAUACAGGAGAAAGACCUUUCAGCUGCGAGUAUUGUGACUAUAAAUGUGCUCGAUCAAGUAAUUUGAAGAUACAUAUCAGAACACAUACAGGAGAAACACCUUUCAGCUGCAAGUAUUGUGACUAUAAAUGUGCUCGAUCAAGUAAUUUGAAGAUACAUAUCAGAACACAUACAGGAGAAACACCUUUCAGCUGCGAGUAUUGUGACUAUAAAUGUGCUCGAUCAAGUAAUUUGAAGAUACAUAUCAGAACACAUACA